UUUAUCGUCUUUCCGAUCCGAGUCCAGUCUCCCCCGCCUCCUCCCUCCCUUCGCCCGCCAGAAACAUGUCGCAGCCUUCCCAGCAGGCGCUCCUCGCCGCCCUCGCCGCCCAGUCGUCACGCCCGCGACCGGCCACCGUCCCGUACGCUGCGCUCGGACCCUCCCAGCUCAAGUCGGAGGCUACGAGCGGCAACUCGCGCAAGCUGCACUGUCCGAGGGAUGGCUGUGGGAGCGUCCUUCUCCAGCCCGGCGUAGGCGUGUGGGCGGACUUGCAGGCCUCCGUGCUCCCCGAUGACCCGUCGUCUCCCUUCCCGGCGCCUGCAGCUCCCCAUGCAGUGUGGCACGUAGCAUCCGGCCCCUUUGCAUUUGACAAUAUCGGAUUCAGCCGGCCAGACGCCUCGACUACUUUGCCUCCUCACACACCGUCCGGCUCUGCACAGGGGGCGGACAAAGGCAAGGUCAAGUGGUUGAUCUGUGCAGAUUGUGAUCUUGGGCCGUUGGGAUGGACUUAUGAGGGUGAACGAGAUGCAUGGCUGGCUGUCGAGAGGGUCAGCUAUGGGGAGAGCAAGUGAAUGGGUUUAACAGAUUCAAGGUGACGACGGACAUUAAUUAGGAUGUUAUGGCUAGAGUGUUGUACGGUACAUGUAUAUUAUAUGUAUGGCUCAGUAGAUCCUU